CGGAAAAGGGGGGUAAGAUGCCUAUCCUAGUCAUUCUCGUCAGGCUCUUCAUCUCAAGAGGAACAAACAAGAGUAAACUCUGGGUCGAGAGGCCCCAAACCGGACUCUCCCACAGAAAGGUGCUCGGCCCCAAGCCCCGGAGACCCGGGAAGGCCGCCUCCAGAGGAGCCCCCGCAGACGCCAUACUAAAAGCCAAAAUGGCUGCCCGGAGGAGGCCCGCACCGCGUAGCUAGUGAAGGUUGGGGAGCAAGCUUCUGCGGGAAAGAGGGAGGGGGACUCCAGGAAAAGCCGUUGAGAGGACCAUCACACCCCGAGCAGCACAGGUUCCAGUUACAGCCAUCUCUUGUCAAAAUUUUUGAACUAUAUUUGGAAAACUACUGGCCAGGAAAGAAAAAUGAUAAAAUUUUUCCUCAUGGUGAAUAAACAAGGGCAGACUCGACUUUCUAAGUACUAUGAACAUGUGGAUAUUAAUAAGCGUACACUUCUGGAAACAGAAGUUAUAAAGAGCUGUCUCUCUCGGUCCAAUGAACAAUGCUCUUUCAUUGAAUAUAAGGAUUUUAAGCUGAUAUAUCGGCAGUAUGCAGCUCUCUUCAUUGUGGUUGGAGUUAAUGACACUGAGAACGAGAUGGCUAUUUAUGAAUUCAUUCAUAACUUUGUGGAAGUUUUAGAUGAGUAUUUCAGCCGAGUGAGUGAAUUAGACAUAAUGUUUAAUUUGGAUAAAGUACACAUCAUUUUGGAUGAGAUGGUGUUAAAUGGCUGCAUUGUGGAAACUAACAGGGCAAGAAUUCUUGCCCCUCUACUAAUUCUUGAUAAGAUGUCAGAAAGCUGAAAGGAAGCCUCUUCCAGACAACAUGGAUUUAUCAGAAAUGCGAGUACCGUGGAAUACAUCUCAACAUCUGUAACCAAGAAGAAUCUGGAAGACCACGAUUACAAAAUGGGGUAUCCUUCCAAAGACAUUAUAAAUCGGCGUUUCCCACGGUUCCUAAAAAGAAAACAAAGCUGUACUUUAAAAUAUGUAAAAGAAAAAAAAUUUUUUUAAACUGAGAGAGAAGUUUUAUAUUCUAAUUGUAAACAUAUCUUUCCCACUUCUUUAAAUUCUGUUGACCCUUAUUGGUCUAUGCUUCUUUUUGCAAAUCAAAUUCAGGAAUAGCAGGAUGGUAGUGGGAAGAAAGUAUGGCAGUUUUCUGUCAGCCAAUAAAGUUUUAAAAUUUAAACACAA